ACAAGCUGCUUGAAUCCAUUGGGCAACAAAACUAUCGCUCUCUUCCUUCCUCUGCCUUUCUAUCUUUCAUUCUAUCUUCACCAACCCAAUCUGCCAUUCGAAUUCGUCAUUUCAAGUGACAUACAUGGCAUUAGAAGCCGUGUUCUUUCAGGACCUCUUAAGCUGCAAUGUGAAGGACAUUUACAGCCACUGGGAGAUAGCUGGACUGAUAGACGAGGAGAAAUCGCUACCUUUCUAUGGAAAUUGGGAGGCUUCUUGCUAUUCAUAUACAGGGCAGGUUUUGCAAGAAUGGGAUGGAAACUCCUCAACACAGCCACUUGAUCUUGGAGAAUCCACAGCAAUGGCGGAAACAUCGCACAAGGAAGACAAAGCAGCGGUGACGUCUUCGGCAUCCAAUGGAAGAAAGAAGAGGCGUCGAGCCAAGAGUUUAAAAAAUAAAGAGGAGGUGGAGAACCAGAGAAUGACCCACAUUGCCGUUGAACGCAACCGGCGGAAGCAAAUGAACGAGUACCUUGCUCUGCUCCGCUCUCUCAUGCCUCUCUCUUACGCCCAAAGGGGCGACCAAGCCUCCAUCGUCGGCGGAGCCAUAAACUAUGUGAAAGAGCUUGAGCAGCUUCUUCAAUUUCUUGAGGUUCGUAAACAACUCAAGCAACAGGAAGAGAACAGAGUUCAUGACCUGACACCACUUGCCCGGUUCUUCAGCUUCCCCCAGUAUUCAUUAACCAACACCACCGCCGCUGCAGCCGGCGGCGUUGACACAGUUCCGGCGAACCCGUCGUCGUUGGCCGACAUAGAGGUAACAAUUGUGGAAAGCCAUGCCAACCUAAAGGUACUAUGCAGACGACGGCCAAAACAGCUUCUUAAACUGGUGGUUGGGCUACAGAGCCUCCGGCUCUCCGCCCUGCACCUUAAUGUCACCACCUUUGAGGCCAUGGUGCUCUACACAUUUAGCCUCAAGGUCGAGGAAGAGUGUCAACUUACAACGGUGGAAGAGAUUGCAGGUGCAGUUCAUCAAAUAGUGGGGAGGAUUCAUGAGGAAGAUGGGUUCUAUUCUUCUCGCUGAGAUGGGAAAAUUAUUACGUGUGGCGUUCAGAUUCAUCCAGAUUCGUCUCCGGACAGUCUGGACAACGCACAUAAUAAUCUCUUGCUACGCACCACAUAACCCGGGGCCCAAUGCAUUCGGGUGAUGUGGCAUGUCCGGAUUCGUCUCUGAAUGAUCCGAAUACCGCACGUAAUAAUCUCUCGCUGAGAUGAGCCAAAUUGGUUUUCCAUGGCUGCUUUGCCACACAUAUUUGUGUGGAAAGAAAGUGUUGAGAGUUAGAUCUAGAAAGGCAGGAGCACUUUUUGAUGUCAUUUCUUUGAUGGGAAGUGGAAGUCUUGAGGAGAAUGAUGAAAAGGCAUAUGAGGGAACAUUGGGGGGUUUUGUCAAAAUAAUUGGGUUUUGUGAAGAGAGUGGGUGUUGAAAUUUUCAUGAGAUUGUGAGCAGAGAAUGAAGGAAAGAUUCAUAAUGUUUCCGAUAAAAGGAGGUGAUCCGUUUCAUGCUAAUUCCGCUUGUGACUUGCUUUGUUUU